AUGGCAUUGUCCGACAACAAAGCAAUUACCAGCUCCACAGGCGAUGGUGGGAUUCUGGUGGAGAAGCCAUUGCGCGAAGUGAAAAAUCACAACGAGUGCUCGGAAGAAAACGCAUUACCCUCUAAGUUGGAUGAGUGCAGUGCAGGACCAGGAUGUCCGCGGUGCUCUAACAAAGGAGUGAGUUAUUAUUUGGCUGCAAAAAAUUCACACAAGGCUAAGUGUAUUCGAGCAUUCAUUAUCCUUUUGGCCACAGUCUGUGCUGCGUAUGUCUGCAUCUUGUCUUCGCGUCGCUAUUUUUACACUUGGGUACAAACCGUUAUCGAACGUACCGAUGUACACGUUUCGGAAAUACCCUUUCCGGCCGUUACCAUUUGUCCUGUGAAAGGACUUAAUCUGUUACGCCUGGAACAGGAGGCAACAUCGUUUCUUAAACUGUCAACGCCACAACAAAGAACGGACAAGGAUUUACAAGGACUACACAUGUUGCUGAAUACUCUGAACGAGCUGAUGUGGCCCGAUAUGGAGCAGGACAUGGAAACGAUGAAAAUGGCAACAACAACACCUUAUCAAAUGUCCAAUAAAAGUUUAAAUGUUGAACAAUUUUUGAAUGACUUGGCCUCUGGCACGAAAACACAAGAAAUGCAAGAUAAAGUGGAUAUUUUAAAUAUGCUCACGGAUUUGAAUCGAUUCCUGUACUUCUUAUCCUUUGAGUGUGAGGACAUAUUUGUUGAGUGUACCUGGAAGAGGGCAAAGAUUUCAUGUUGUAGCGUGUUUCGCAAAUUGCACACAUACAGGGGAUUGUGUUAUUCCUUUAAUUCAAUACUGGUGGAGAAUCCCAUUUCCACUUGGCCUUGGGUGGUAUCCGAAUCAGGACUACAGACGGGCUUAAGAGUCAUUAUUAAACGUGGCUCCUUUGGCCAAUAUUAUGAAAGAGUGGCGGCUAUGGUUCAUGACCCCAAAGAGAUUGGCUCCUCCGAUGUUAAUUACAUGGACAGUGAACGCAUUAUUAUUACUGUGAAUCCCUUACGUUUUACCGCUGAUUAUGACAUUCAUUCUGUGAAGCCUGAACUGAGGCAUUGUUAUUUUACGAGUGAACAGAAAAACUUGGGCAAAAGUCGCAACAAUUGUCUCAGAAACUGUCGCAUGGGAUUUAUUGAGAGGCAUUGCAACUGCACCUAUUUCUUCCCUGUAGCUACCAAAAAUGCAACCAUAGAAACUGCGGUACUGCCCAUUUGCAAAGGUUCCAAUCUGAGAUGUCUUUAUAAAUAUAGAGAUAUCAUAUUAUCAACGGGUAACAUAAUUCCAGAAACUCCCUCGGACUAUGGUGAACCCAGAUCAUUCGAUUGUAAAUGCUAUCCCAAUUGCAACUAUAUACAAUAUAGGACCACUGUCAAUACAGAUCAUAUGAGCAGAUCGUCACAGGGUACAGAUUACAUAGACCUUCAAGUUCAAUAUCAGCAUGACACAUUGUUCUCUUAUCGUUCAACUCUUUGUUUUACACUUUUGGAUUUAAUCGUAUCAUAUGGUGGCAUAGCCGGUUUAUUUUUGGGUCUCUCCCUAGUGGGUAUCAUUGAAGUGUUGCACGAUUUUAUCGUUAGUUGGAAAUUACGAGUCCAGACAAAGGCUGCAGCGUCCAACAAUAAAGAAAAAAUGAAUGCCACAAAAGACAAUUAA